AUGGCCGCGCAAUCAACGCUGCGGCAUACUGCUGCCGAGGAGCAGCUAGCCGCCUUCCUCGACAAAUGGACUGGCAAGAUAAAGACAAGGUUGCGCGGAACGACUCGCACGACUCGUCUACUCGCGACAUUGGCCCUUGCUAUUUCAAUUAUCCUCGGAGGAGUUGGCGGGCGUCGAUGGUGGAAGAAUCGACGGCAUGAGCGUGAACAGGGACGGAAACUUGUGCGCACAAACUCUUGGCUUCACAAUAAGGACGGUUCGCGUACUAUUUACGUUCCAUACAAGGAUGGCACAUCAAAGGUGGUGAUCAACACAACCAAGCCGCUCACUUUCGACGCCCAUCGCCGUUUGUUCUUGAACCCUCCUCGGGUAUCUGGACUCCGGGAGGGAACUGUGCCAGCAGCGCAAACAAAACCAGGCCUCAACAUUGCCUUCCUGCACCAAUUCCUCAGUUUGAUGAGCAUCAUGAUCCCCAGAUGGUCUAGCAAGGAAGCUGGACUACUUGUCAGUCAUGGCGUAUUCUUGAUGCUAAGGACAUAUCUCUCACUUGUUGUCGCUCGUCUGGACGGUGAGAUUGUACGUGAUUUGGUGGCUGGAAACGGAAAGGCGUUCCUCUGGGGUAUUCUCAAGUGGUGCGGCCUUGGAGGGUUUGCUUCAUAUACCAAUGCCAUGAUUAAGUUCCUGGAGUCGAAGGUUUCCAUUGCCUUCCGUACGCGACUUACACGCUACAUCCAUGACCUCUACCUUAACGAUAACCUCAACUACUACAAGCUGUCUAACCUCGACGGUGGUGUUGGCCAAAGUGCUGAUCAGUUCAUCACUCAAGAUCUAACUCUGUUCUGUGCAGCUGCAGCCAACAUCUACUCAUCGCUCGGCAAACCUUUCGUCGACCUGUGCGUCUUCAAUUACCAGCUUUAUCGAUCUCUAGGACCUCUUGCUCUCACUGGCCUCAUGAGCAACUACUUCUUGACUGCCAGCAUCCUCCGAAGACUUUCACCUCCAUUUGGCAAGCUAAAGGCAGUCGAAGGCCGAAAAGAGGGUGACUUCCGAAGUUUACAUGCCCGCUUGAUUGCCAAUGCCGAAGAGGUUGCAUUUUAUGGUGGUGCAGAUACCGAGAAGACAUUCUUGAACCGCGAGUUUAAGUCAUUAAAGACUUGGAUGGAGGGUAUUUACAUGCUGAAGAUUCGCUACAACAUUUUGGAAGACUUCAUCCUCAAAUAUAGUUGGAGUGCUUACGGAUAUUUGCUGGCCUCGCUUCCCGUCUUCCUGCCACAAUGGGGUGGCGUUGGUGGCCGAGCUGAGAUGGUUGAGAAUGGUGUACGAGGAGGUCGAGAGCGCAACCGCAUGAAGGAUUUUAUCACCAACAAGAGGCUUAUGCUCUCACUUGCCGAUGCAGGUGGCCGUAUGAUGUACUCUAUUAAGGACCUUUCGGAACUGGCAGGCUAUACUAGCCGUGUGUACACACUCAUCUCGACAUUGCACCGGGUACAUGCCGAUGCUUACCACGUUCGGGCCGGCCAAAGCGAACUAUACUCAUUGUCAGAUGUUUCAGGAACAAUCCAGAAAGGAUUUGACGGUGUUAGAUUCGAGCAUGUUCCAGUUGUGGCUCCUGGUCUGUGGCCUCAGGGAGGCGAGGAGUUACUCGAGUCAUUGUCCAUCAUCGUGCGAAGAGGUGAACAUCUAUUGAUUUCUGGACCAAAUGGCGUGGGUAAAACCGCUAUUGCAAGAAUCCUGGCCGGCUUAUGGCCAGUCUACCGAGGCCUAGUCAGUCGCCCCAAGGAUAUCGGCCAGGACGGCAUUAUGUUCCUCCCCCAGCGACCUUACCUGAGCCCCGGAACACUCCGUGAUCAAGUCAUCUAUCCGGAUGGUCAUGUGGAUAUGAAGGAGAAGCGCAAGUCCGAGGAUGACCUCAAAAGCGUCCUGGACGCUGCGCGACUCGGAUACCUCCCUGACAGAGAGGGUGGAUGGGAUACGCGAAAGGAAUGGAAGGACGUUCUCAGUGGAGGCGAGAAGCAGCGCAUGGGUUUUGCCCGUGUACUCUACCACGAGCCCCAAUAUGCGAUUGUGGAUGAGGGCACCAGCGCUGUUUCGAGCGAUGUAGAAGGCCUGCUAUAUGAAACAUGCAAGGAGAGAGGCAUCACACUCAUCACCAUCUCAACACGCGCAUCCCUCAAGAAGUAUCACACAUACAACCUGGUCCUUGGUAUGGGCGACCAGGGAGAUGAGUGGGAAUUCGAGCGAAUAGGCACCGAGCGUGAGAAGAUGCAGGUCGAGAAGGAGUUGCAAGACCUCCGUGAGCGACUGGAGCAGGUCGACGAGUGGAAGAAGCGCCGAGAUGAGAUCGAGACUGAGCUCGCAGCAGUCUGGACAGACCAGGGCGAGGUGCUAGAGGCUCCGGCAUAUGCAGAGAAGGCAGCUGAGGGCCAGGAGUAA